AUGAAUAAACUGGAGGUUGACGCUUACUUUGAGCUUCUUGAAAGCAUAUUGACAGUAGACGAUGGUGUGUUGAAAUCGAGUUGUAUCUUCAACAUGAACGAGACUGGCCAUCAGCUUAAUAAUCGACCAGGGCAUGUUCUAGCUGAAAAGGGUUCUAAGGCUGUAUCUACAGUUACUUCGACUGAAAAGGGAGAAACGAUUACAGUUAUAGCCUGCUGCAAUGCUGAAGGUACAUUUUUACCACCUGCCUGUAUCAUGAAAGGCAAAAACAAAAAACCGUUUGAGGAUGGGAUGCCACCGGGGUCGAAACUUUUCAUGUCCCCAAAAUCAGCGUACAUUACCUCAGAUUUAUUUAUUGAAUGGUUGAAAACACAUUUUGUUCCGAGGAAACCAGCUGGAAGAGUACUUCUUUUACUAGAUGGUCAUUCAACUCACUGUAAUUCUGUGGAAAUGCUGGAAUAUGCAAAGGACAAUGACAUCACCUUACUUUCAAUGCCAAGCCACACGUCUCACUACCUCCAAGCACUAGAUCGUACGGUGUUUAAAUCACUGAAGACUCAUUUUUACGAGCAGUGUCGACUUUGGCUAAAACAAAAUCCUGGUCGUCAUAUAACAUGA